UCAAAAUUGUCGUUGAGCGCGUGCGGUCGUUUUGCAAGAAAAUAACGGUUAACAAAGCUCGAGUUGAGGCUUAUUUCUUCGACGUUCCGUGUUUUGUGCCGCCUCCCACUUGGACAAACUACACAACAAAGGGAACAACUUUCACUGCUCGUCCUGCUCCUCCCCCCGCACUUUGAACUACAAUUCACGGGCCUACCUAUCGCCGCGUUUUCUUUAACACUCUUCCGUCCGCGUGGGAGUGUGUCUCAGUGUCGGUGAGCGAGUGUGUGAACGUACGUGUGCGUGGAGUGAGUGUGAGUGUGUAAGAAAGAAACGGUGAACAAAUCAUCUUAACACCCCCCGCUUGAUCUGAUCGUUUGUGCGUGUCCCGGAACGACCUCUGCCCUGCAGAGUCUUAAGGGUCCACAAAAGUUUUGUGUCCAGCUGUAAUGUAACGAUAAAUGCAACAAACAGCCACAGACCAGACCAGACCAGACCGAAGCUUGCCCAAAAAAGUUUCGCUUCUCGCUGUUCUCAUAAAAUAUGCCAAGACAUUUACAUACAUCUCCGCUGCUCAUCCUCCCAAUGGCCGGCAAAGUGUUAAAGCGCCACAAAAAGAGCCAUGAACGAGCUGGAAUCGAUAUUUGAGCCAGCACCUGUCGCCAGAUUGCUGCUAUGCUAAUCAAUUUUAACCGUGCAAUCGCUUUAAUUAAAGAACCAUCAGAGUCAGAGGCGGAGUCCGAGGCAGAGGCAGAGUCAGCGUCAACGUCAGCGGUUAGCUUCUGUGUAUUGUGAAGUGGGUUCGGUCGAGUUGCGGUCGAGUUGCGGGGUCUGGGGCAUUGUGCGUAAAGAAGGACAUUCGCCAAUCUGUGGACGCGCCUACGCUCGCCGCGGCCCAAUCGGGCCAGUGGCGGCUACUUGCUGACGGGCACAAGUGCGCCGCGUGACGAUGAGCUCAUCGCCGGCUUGUCGUUGCCAGGACGAAGGCGUCUGCAACCGCAGCAGGACCAAAAGCAGGAACAGGAACAGGAACAGCCACUGCAGCAGCAGCAGCCGCUGCUAGGUGCCGUUUACGCCGCCCCCAAUGAGUGUUUAAUUAAUGUAACGGACUUUAGUGACGGGCUUCAAGUGUGCAGCGAGACAAGCGGGGCUGGAGCAAUCAAUGAGCUGAAAGUGCCAACCAUACCAGCCACAAACAUCAGCAGCAACAUCACCAACACAGUCAACAACAACAUUAACAACAACAACAACAUGUCACGCAUUAUACAACCACGUUAUCGUUUCCGAGAUCUGCUGCUGGGCGACUUCUCAUUCAACGACGAUGGCGAGAGAGUUCGUGUGGAGUACUACGUGAAUGAAAACACAUUUAAAGAAAGACUGCAACUCUAUUUCAUUAAGAAUCAGCGUUCAAGCUUACGCAUACGAAUUGCCGAUUUAUUCCUUAAGUUACUGUCGUGUGUUCUCUACAUUAUACGUGUGAUAUUGGAUAGGAAUCCAACAUUUAUAACUUGCUAUGGCUGCGAGGUGGGCAAUAAGACAGAGUUCAUCAUCUCGGCCAAACUGACGGAGGAGGAGUUCCAGGAGAGUCCGAUUAUCAACUGGGAUGCGAUACUCUGGGUGAAUCGGCCGACAGUGCUGUGGGUGCUGCAGCUGCUCCUAGCCAUGGUGUCGCUGACGCAAUCCCUGGUUCUCACAUAUCUAGGCUAUAAGGGCAACAUUUGGCAGCAGAUACUCUCAUUUCACUUUAUACUAGAAUUAGUAACGACAAUACCAUUUGCACUAACGAUCGUUCAUCCUCCACUACGGAAUCUCUUCAUUCCCAUCUUCCUCAACUGCUGGCUGGCCAAACGCUCGCUGGAGAAUAUGUUUAAUGAUCUUCAUCGUGCCAUGCAAAAGUCUCAGUCUGCGUUGUCCCAACAGCUGACCAUUUUGUCGGCCACUCUGCUCUGUUUGGUAUUUACCAGCGUUUGCGGCAUUCAGCACUUUCAGCGGGCAGGACAUCGGCACUUGAACCUCUUUCAGAGCACGUACUAUGUGGUUGUGACCUUCUCGACAGUGGGCUACGGCGACUUUGUUCCGGACAUUUGGCCCUCUCAGCUGUACAUGGUCAUCAUGAUUUGUGUCGCACUCAUUGUGCUGCCCACGCAGUUCGAGCAGUUGGCCUUCACCUGGAUGGAGCGCCAGAAGCUGGGCGGCAGCUACAGCUCUCAUCGAGCGCAGAGCGAGAAGCAUGUGGUGGUGUGCUCCACCACCCUGCACGCGGACACCAUCAUGGAUUUCCUCAACGAGUUCUACGCCCAUCCACUGCUGCAGGACUUCUAUGUGGUGCUGCUCAGUCCCAUGGAGCUGGACACGACAAUGCGAAUGAUUCUACAGGUGCCAAUUUGGGCCCAGCGUGUGAUUUAUAUUCAGGGCUCUUGUCUGAAGGAUGGCGACCUGGCCCGCGCUCGCAUGAACGAGGCGGAGGCGUGCUUCAUACUCGCGGCCAGGAAUUAUGCGGAUAAGACGGCCGCGGACGAGCACACCAUCCUGCGCUCCUGGGCGGUCAAGGACUUUGCGCCGAAUGUGCCGCAGUAUGUGCAGAUAUUCAGGCCGGAGCACAAGCUGCAUGUGAAGUUCGCCGAGCAUGUGGUCUGCGAGGAUGAGUUCAAGUACGCGCUGCUGGCCAACAACUGCACCUGCCCGGGCGCCAGUACCCUGGUCACCCUGCUGCUGCACACCUCGCGCGGACAGGAGGGGCAGCAAUCGCCGGAGGAGUGGCACCGCCUCUAUGGCAAGUGUUCGGGCAACGAGAUCUAUCACAUUGUCCUCGGCGACAGUCGCUUCUUCGGGGAGUACGAGGGCAAGAGCUUCACCUACGCCAGCUUCCACUCGCAUCGCAAAUACGGCGUGGCCUUGGUGGGUGUGCGGCCGGCUGAGCUGCCCGAGUUCUAUGAGGAUACAAUACUCCUGAAUCCGGGUCCCAGGCACAUUAUGAAAAAGGAUGACACGUGCUAUUAUAUGAGCAUCACCAAGGAGGAGAAUUCGGCGUUUGUCGUUAAUCAAAAUCAAACAUCGGACCCCACGGCAGCCAGCAAGGAUGGGGCUGGAGGUGGCACAUCUACUGCCACUUCUCAUCAUACAGCAGCUGCAACUGCCUGCGAUAAUCCGACGGCUGUGAUAAUAUCGGACUCCAGGCAGAACCUCAAGGACACAACGGUGACCCAGACGGCGGCCACGACAACCACAAUAACCACAACGACGCUGCCCCCACCGCCCAUGACGCUGGGCGGAUCUUCGGGCAUGCCCGGUGGCUCUGGUGGCGGUGGCCACGGAGUGGGCAGCGGCCACAGUCUGGGCACCUCGCUGAGCGUCACACCAGCCACACUCUCCACGGGCAAUCAUCUGGAUGUGCCCUUUGGCAACAAUCCCAAUCUGCUCAGUCCGGAUGUGCUCAACCAGCGUAGGGGAAGCAGACGUCCCUCGAUCCUGCCCGUGCCCGAUAUGUUCACCUCCUCAUCGUUCAGCAUUGCCGGCAACGAUGAUGGCGAGGAGGGAGACGAGAGCGACGAUGAGAUUGACGAUGAGAUGCCUUGGCGCUCGCCCUCCGAGAAGAUAGCCUGCUUGGGCGGGCACUUUCCCCAAUCGCGCACCUAUUCGCUCAUCAUGAGCUCCUCGGAGGAUUCGUAUCAGCGAAGUUGCAGCUUUUGCAGCCGCAAUGCCACUGCCACUGCCACCGCUGCUGCUGCUCCUGCUGCUGCUCCUGCUGCUGCUGCUCCUGCUGCUGCUGCUCCUGCUGCUGUCAGACCGCCUGGGUCUGGUCGGGGAUUACCUCUUGAAGAUUUCACCACUACGGAGCAACGCAGGCGUGCCAUGAAGAAAAGCUACAGCUGCGACAGCGAGUGUCGUAGUGGUGUGGGGCCUGGACCGGGCCUGGGACUGGGACUGGGUGGAGGCACUCUGGCCAUAUUGGCGGCUCGAAGAAGGCAGCUGCAACAGUGCUGCACCUGCAGUUGCUCCACCACCACCACGACUACGACAACAUCAGCAGCAGCAGCAGCGGCGGCGGCAGCGGCAGCAGCAGCAGCAGCAGCAGCAUUCACGUCGAGCAGUUCCGUUGAGACGCGUCGCCUGUCGCGUCCGGUGUGGGCCUCCGACUACUCCGGCAUUGUCAAGGGAUUCCCGCCCGUGUCGCCCUUCAUCGGUGUCAGCCCCACGCUCUGCUUUCUGCUCAAAGAGAAGAAACCACUCUGCUGUCUGCAGCUGGCUCAGGUGUGCGAGCACUGCAGCUACAGGAAUGCCAAGGAGUACCAGUGGCAGAACAAGACGAUCAUUCUGGCCGCCGACUAUGCCUCCAAUGGGAUAUACAACUUCAUCAUUCCGCUGAGAGCUCACUUCCGCUCAAAGACUUCACUCAAUCCCAUCAUCCUGCUGCUGGAGCGACGUCCGGAUGUGGCCUUCCUGGACGCCCUCUCCUACUUUCCCCUGGUGUACUGGAUGCUGGGAUCGAUCGACUGCCUCGACGAUCUGCUGCGAGCGGGCAUCACGCUGGCCGAGAGCGUGGUUGUGGUCAACAAGGAGCUCUCAAACUCGGCCGAGGAGGACUCCCUCUCCGACUGCAACACCAUUGUGGCUGUGCAGAAUAUGUUCAAAUUCUUUCCCAGCAUCAAGAGCAUCACCGAGUUGUCGCAGAGCUCGAAUAUGCGGUUCAUGCAGUUCCGGGCCCACGACAAGUACGCCCUGCAUCUCAGCAAAAUGGAAAAGCGCGAGAAGGAGCGCGGAUCGCACAUCUCGUACAUGUUCCGGCUGCCGUUUGCGGCGGGUGCCGUCUUCAGUGCCUCCAUGCUGGACACGCUGCUGUACCAGGCAUUCGUGAAGGACUAUGUGAUUACGUUUGUGCGCCUUCUGCUGGGCAUAGACCAGGCGCCGGGCAGCGGUUUCCUCACCUCGAUGCGCAUCACCAAGGAGGACAUGUGGAUACGCACGUACGGACGGCUGUAUCAGAAGCUCUGCUCGACCACCUGCGAGAUACCGAUUGGCAUCUACCGCACCCAGGAUACCUCGAAUGCGGACACGUCACAUGUGAGUAACUCGCCGGUCGAUAGAUGGGGACCCUUCUCGGCCUUCGGCAGGCAUUGUGUGCGCUUGCGUCCAUCGUACGACGAGGAAACUGGCACACCCGACUCCACCAAGGACUCUACGGAAAUGCUGCGCGGGGUCACCUACCGACCGCCACCCUCGGCCACAGGUGGGGCCGGGGCCAGCUUUCGGUCCCCGUCGCAGCCGACGCCGCAGCAGCAGCGCCAGAGGUCGACCAACUGUCUGGGCGGCUGCUCGGAGCGUAAGGGAUCAUCUUACUCCAUUAAUCUGGCGGACGAGGCCAAGGACAAUCAUGCACAGCAGAUCGAGCGAGCGGAGAUUGCCAAUCUGGUGAGGAGUCGCAUGGAGUCCCUGAACCUGCCCACAAUCGACUACGAUGAUGUGAGCGAGAAGCGGAACCACUUGUCGUAUGUGAUAAUCAAUCCGAGCUGUGAUCUCAAGCUGGAGGAGGGCGAUCUCAUCUACUUGGUGCGGCCGUCGCCGUUCUCGGCACAAAAGACCUUCGAACGGCACAAUUCGCGUCGCAAGUCGAACAUCUCGUUCUGCUCGAAUAUCAAUCUGGGGGCCACGUGUGGUCCCCAAAUGCAAAACAUGUCCAACACCGCCGUCGGAGCUGGAUCGCGUCGCGGCUCCGGCAUCGCCGGUUUGAACCCCAUGCAAAUGCAGAGCGUUCAGACUUUGGCCGGGUAUGGAUCAUCCUCGCAGCGCUGUACCCCACCGAUGCAGCAAAUUAAAUCGAAUUCUCUUUCUCUACCCGACAGUCCGACGGUGGUUGGCAAUCAGCGUGGACGGAGUAACUCAUUGCGGAUCGACAACGAUAUACUGCUGCGGCGUUCCUCCUCGCUGAGGCAGGGACUGCCCAGUGUUGGCGUCAGUCAUGGCCGUCGAAAGUCUUCGCUGGAGGAGAUCGGCAUCAGUCACUUCACGACCCUGAUGCAGGCCACGAACCACAGCAAUCCCAUCAAGAUCUCGCUCAAUGGCAGCAUUGGCAUGGAGAAUCAGAUUUCACUUCAGGUUACACCGCCAGAGGAACCCACGCCCAUGCUGGGCGUGCCCUGCAUGAUGGGUGGCGGCGGAGGCGGCGGCGGCAUAAACCCAUCCGGAACAGGAUCCUCAACUAGUGGCAUGCUGGGUGCGGGCUCCUCGCUGGCCAUCAACACGGCCGAUCUGGGACCAGGUCCCAGCACCUCAUCAGGCGCUGGUAGCUCGCUGCAGCCACAGGACUCGCUUGGCCCGCAGUCGUCGCAGGUGUCGUCGCCGCAGCAUCUGCAGGGAACGAUCGUAUGAUACAACCUGAUGUGGGGGCGCCGUCUCCGCUCCUCCAUGUCAAAGAACAAAUGGAUAUAGAACACGGCCCCCACACACAGACACAACCGUAGAGAUAAGUUCUGAGAGCAAAAGUAUUAGGAGACCAAAAACCAAAAACCAACAACCAACAACCAACAACCAAACCCGCCCAACGUCUGUGGUGUGCGUCCCAGUCCCAGUCCCAGUCCCAGUACAAGUUCCUCCCUCGAAGGUUAAGCUAUGGAUAUACAUAUGUAUGAUAGAUUACGUAGAAGGAAGUCUCUGAGGAACAUGCAGCAUAAGCAUAGGAAUAAUUAUUACGAGUAUUUAUGCUUUAAAAACAAACAAAGUUGAGGCAAAAAUUGUGUUUUGGGAACAAGAUAUGUAGUUAAACUAUUGGAUAGCAUACGAAUGAUGAUGAUUUAGCUAACUGUACUGUACAUACUAAACUAAACUAUACUAUGCAUAAUGUAUCAGACCCGACCCUAAUUCGUUUCCAGCAUAUCCGAGGAGCAGAGCAAACUCCAUGAAAUUCCAAGUGUAUAUACCCUAGGUAUAGACUAAACAAUUCGGCACCAAUUUGGUGCGGCUUAACUUCCUCCUCACACUAUGUAUUUACUAUACAUAUACCACAUAUAUGUAGAUACUUAUAUGAAGGUGCUAUCAAUGUCAUGUACUAUACACACACGAACACCACACUCACACAUAUAAUUAUUGUAGCCAAGUUUUGUAAAACUCUUUGAAUUGUUUUACACAAAUGGAAGAAGAAAGUAUAUAUAUAAAAAACAGAAAUGGAAAAGGUUUUCAUAACAUAGUUUGAAACGGGCUUUGGUAUACUCAAAUGCUUUACAAAAAAAAAACCAACCAAUUUGUAUAUAUAUACAUAGAAACACUAGGGAUAUUAAGAACCAACCAAACAGCAUUCAAGAGCAAAACUAAAACCACUAUUAGAGCAUUGGCAGAACGCAAAUCAACAGAAGCUAGUACUUAGAGCUUAGAGUUAUCUAGAAUUAAGAGUAGUUACCGAUAACCUAUGUAACUCCGACCCAUUGAGAGUGUCGGCAACUGUACCAAAUUCAAUGAGCUAUACACAAACACAAACACUACUAUAGAUGUAGAGUCUAGACUUAGGAAACGCAACUGCAACUCUAUUGAAUUUUUGAAGACACAUCCCAAGUAGCGUCUCUGUAGUGGGAAGUAGCUAGAGAAAAUCCAGGUGUACCUACACAUACCAUCACGCACCCA